ACUCAGUUACCCACCAGCACUCUCAGCGGCAACGUGCGCACCGGAGCCGCGACCCAAGUUCCUCGCUGACCCCGUGUUGUAUAUACCUCCCUCCCUCUCUCCCUACGCGUGCCUCCAGCUUCAGCCUCCCUCUACCUCUUUACCCUCCUGUGGGACCCUUGCAAGAUGAAGAAACCAACUCCGCCCAUGCUGGUGUUGGGGGCCUUUCUACUCUGCCAUGCUGUCUCCGGGUUGAAGCAGAUGGAGUUUGAUUAUGGGGGAUCACUACAACAGCUCUCCACCUUUGACGGGUACCGCUAUGGGAACUACAUGGGACCAGGUGGCUACUACAGAUUCUACUACUCGCUUCCCGAGAGCUCACGAGGGGAGGAGCGCACAGCCUCAGGGGAAGUCAAGGGCCACUAUGCCUUCGUAGCGCCGGAGGGGGACGAAUACCACUUCCGCUACGAGGCAGGCGACGAAGGCUACACCGUGGAGAGCAACGCCCUGCCGCAGCCGCCCCAGGACACCGAGGAAGUGAGGCGAGCGAAGGAAGUGUUCUUUGCCGCCUACCAGAGGGCGCUGGAGAUGGCGGAUUCCGACGAAAGUGACUAUGAAGAUUCCUCCUCCUCCUCCUCCUCCUCUGAAGAAUCCGAUGAAUCUGAUGAAGAGGAGUAUGAGGAAGAGGAGGACGAGGAGGAAAAGGAGGAUGAGGACGAGGAGGAGGAAGAUGAAGAGGAGGAGGACGACGAGGAGGAAGAGAGUGAGGAAGAGGAUUCUGAUGAAGAUUCUGAUGAAGAUUCCAGCGAGGAGGAUUCAAGUGAGGAGGAUUCAAGUGAGGAAGACUCAGAUGAGGAAGACUCAGAUGAGGAAGAGGGCUCAGAAGAGGAGGAUGAUGAUGAUGAGGAGGAGGAGGAAGAGGAAUCCGGUGAGGAAGAGGAGGAUGAAGAGGAGGAGGAAGAUGAAGAAGAAGAGGAGGAAGAAGAGGAUGAAGAGGAGGAAGAAGAAGAAGAAGAAGACGAAGAAGGCAAUGGGAAUGAGGAAGAAGAGGAAGAAGAAGAAGAAGACGAAGAAGGUGAGGAAGAAGAAGAAGAAGGAGAAGAAGAAGAAGGAGGAACUGGAGAGCACGAAGAAGAGAAUGGACUGAGGAGAGACAGAAGAAGACACGAGAGUGGGAAGGAGCUCCUGGCGUCACGAGCCUUCCAGAGUUUACUGAAGAACUUUGGCUUCGGUAGAAAAAUCCUGCGUCCUUAUCCUUACGCGAGACGAUGAGAUGAACCAGUCACGCCUUUGAAACCUCCAUCUUUUAAAUCCCCUUAUCUGUAUCACAAGACCUAAAAUCCCAAGCUAGUCAUAGGGAAAAUCGGUCUUAAGUCUGAAAAUUUAUGUCUUUUCUGUAUUUUCCUCACAGUAGUUCAUCAGCGCCAUCUGUUGAGACGAAACGUGACUACUGUGGUGAAGAGUCUUUUGUACUGAUGCUUAUGGUUUGUUUAUGUGGAAUAGGAAGAGUAAUUUUUAACGAUUGAAGGCGUAACUGAAGGUGUAAUUAGGUUCUGGAAGCAAUUAUUGAUGCACCUGGUAGGAAAUAGAUUGGUGAACUAAUUAGAGGUAGGAUUCACUUCAUUCUCUCUCUUCCUCUCCUUUUUCUGUUUCUGCCUUUUCCAUUUCGCUGAAACUCUCAAUUCUCAACCCUCCGUCUGUUUUCAUGCUUCUGCAGAGGAAAAACUUAGGCUAGGAAAUUUUAAGCUCUGUUUAAUAUAUUUCUUUGUUGUUGUUACUGAUUCAUUUAUUUUCGUGACGCCGAAAGUGCGUGUACGUGAUGUCUUCCCGUGUGUGUGUGUGUGUGUGUGUGUGUGUGUGUGUGUGUGUGUGUGUGUGUGUGUGUGUGUGUGUGUGUGUGUGUGUGUGUGUGUGUGUGUAAGCUUCCCUCCUUGGGGGCCCCGUUUUUCUGCUUUGGCCAGAUGCUACUUAAUUAUUGAAUAUUUAUUUUUGUAUAAAGCUAUAGUCACUAUACUAUAUUUUCCUCGAGAGCUUAAUAUAAUGUGGUUAUUCUUA